UAUUAUCUUUGGUAGUAUUUGAAACUUAUCGGCGGGUGUUUUCAAUUUUGUGCUGUUGGUCGUGUCAUGCGUUGACACAGUUUCUUUACCGUGGUUUAUUGUUGUUCGUUCAAUAUGGUAGUUGAUAAACUCAUUCUGGAUGAAUAUCAGAAGCUAUACAAUGAAAUUGAGGACGUUAUUAAGACGGUAGUUCACGUUCCAUCAGUGAAAUACUCUUACCUAUGCAGACAACUUUCUAUCCUGUGUUUGUAUCUCGGUAAAAAGCGUGAAGCAGUUUAUUACCUUGUGAACUGCCUUGGCUUCCAGUUAAGGUGGCGUGCAAUUUGUAGAGACACGAUAAUGCAAGAGAAGAAACUGCGCAACCCAGAAAUGGAAGUUCGACUACACAGGAAGUAUUUACAAUUUCAGGGGGAGUACGAUACAGAUGGCUUCAAUUCUAUGAUGAAAAGGCUCUACGAUCUUCCACCGCAGUGGAGAGUUGUACAAAUUUCUGUUCCGUACAACGCAAAGAGAAGACUGGAAAAUCAAUUGUCCAUGAUAGCUACGUCUUCCAUUUGUAUUACCUGUUUCGAGUGUGGUAAUGCUGCAGCGGAUCCUUUAAUGGUGACAAUUCCACAGCCGUCGAAUUCGAAUAUAUUUUGGGAAGAAUUCAUUUACACUCUGAAGGUAAACAGACAAAGGUAUGACGAACAGAAUCCAAUAAUGCAUAAUAGAAGAAAAAUGGAAGCAAAUGACAGGAUGUUGCAAAUUCUGAAGGACAUGAGAUACAGUUGGCUGGGAGUGUGGAUGUCAAUCCUUGUUGGCCGGUUGGUUGAUGACUGUUACUUAAAGAAACUGCGCAAGUCGGUAGAUGAGAUUGUGCAAGAUUGUCAUGUGACAGACUGCUUCUUAGAUAGGGGUCAAGAACUGCUUUACUAUUUUGUAGAGUGUUACAGUCACAUAACAGAAGAGGAGUUUGAAAAUGGAAUUCACUCAGUCUUAGAUGAGGAAUGCUCUCCAGCUAGUGCUAAUGCAUUAAUAUCCAAACUGAAGAGUUUGUGCAGUGGACCCAGAUACAUGAGUAAUUUAAAGAGACAUCCUGUUAUUCUUGUUGUUGAUGAAGAAUUGGAGCAUUUUCCAUGGGAGAUGCUAAAUGGUUUGGCAGAGCAUCCUGUUUCUCGAAUAUCUUCAAUACCACUGCUCCAUGCACUAUAUCAUGAACACAAAAGCAAGAUAAAAAAUGGAUGUGUGGAAUAUGUCUUCAAGCCAGAAAAUGGCUUUUAUCUCUUGAAUCCAGAGAGAAAUCUUAAUGCUAUGCAGGAUCGGAUGGUACCUUUCCUUGAUAGUUGCCUUGUUGGAUGGCCAAAUAUGGUGGGCAAGUGCCCAUCAGAAGAUCAGUUGGUUGAUGUUUUAACUAAGAAAGACAUAUUUAUCUACUUUGGUCAUGGGUCUGGUGGAAAAUACCUCCAUCCGUACAAAAUUGCGAAACUUAAUGUGAAUGCAACAGUGUUACUCUUUGGAUGUAAGAGCAAUACUUGGGCAUAUGAGCCUUAUAAUGACAGGCUAAGCACCGCCCGAGCAUAUUGCAUUUCAUCAAGUCCCUGUGUGCUGGGUAUGUUGUGGGAGGUGCCAGAUAGAGACACAGAUGCUUUGACAAAGGAACUUUUAAAGGCAUGGCUUAUGCCUUCACCAGAUCGUGAACCUGAAUUACUGCGAGCUGUAGUUAGAGGAAGAAAUGGAGCACUGGAACAUGAUGGGAGCAGAACUGGCAUAAAUACACACAGAAAUGGAACCUACACUAAGAACAUGCACUGCACUCAAUUAUCAGGUGUAAGUGAACAUUUUUUAAGGAAUUGGUUUACAUUUAUAACCAUUGUUUUUUUUUUAAAUAAAUAAAUUACUGUGUUAAAACUUGAGCUCCAUCAAAAAAAUUUUAUAUUUAUAUGUGAAGGCCUUUGGCAUUUCUGUUCCUUUAACUUCAUCUAAUGAAUGGUGUACAUCUGUACUCCAACAUGUAGCACACUUUUCUUGCAGCAAGUUGUUAACAGAAUCAUAUGUAAAGUCAUACUGCUUCCUCAAUUCAUAACUGUGAAAGUGUCCAUUUAAUGUCACUGAGAUGUCUUUGUAGAGGAAGUAACUUUUAACAAAUGAUACAAUACUGUAAAUGUAAACAGAUGGUAGUCAUUUAUUUAUUUUUCAUCAUUUGCUUGAUUUUUUGCAGUGGUAUUUGCUACAUACAGCAGCAUAUACAUGCAUGUGUUACAGUGUGUUUGAUAUUUACAUAAAAUACUCAUCUUUUCAGGUAUUUGUGUUAAAACUGUAAAAUAAAGUUAGUGAAAAUCAGUUUUCUGUAUUUAAGCACACACAAAAUAUAGUUUCGCAGAGUUUAAAAAAUAGGUCCUACAAUACAAUAUAAUAUAACAUCGGCCAAUACACUGUAAUACAUCAUUCUGAUAACUCCCUUAUACUGUAACAACAUGCUGCAACCAGGUGACAUCUUAGUUUUUGUUUGAAUGUAGACAAUGUUUCUAAGUUAUUGAUGCCGCAUGGAGGUUGUUGUGAAAAUGCUCUAUAUAUUUUAGGAUCUUUGUCACUGAAGUCUGUUUGUAUAGAUGUGAUAAUCUUUAC